CAGAAAAUAGAACAUCAAUCUAAUCGGGGCUAUUGCUCAAUUUGACCACCUAGGGCUGGAGCAGGAAAAACACACAUUUGUGUUUGGGAUCCACAGGCAGGAGUUGAGCGAUUCGAAAGGUUCUCGGCCAUCCAGGGUAUGUUCACAGACAACUUACAGUCAUUUAAUUGCAGGUUUCUGUAAACAGACUGAAGAUUUCAAAUUGCUUUUUAGAAUCGUGACCCCCCUGCCCUGUUUUCUGAGGAAAUAAAAGCAGAAGCAUUAAAGCCGCCUGCUGGAAAUUCAAAGUGUCAGUGGAGCCGAGGCUCAACAGUUAUUUAAAGGUAAUCUCUGACUUCACAGGCAUAACAUUGAGCCGUUCAGAAUAACAAAGAUUGGGUUGAUGAAAUCGAUGAAACUUUGGUAUCUUUAGAGUGUUUUCACUUCUCAAAAGAGAGACGAAAAGAAAAAUACCAGGUGAUGAUCUUCGAACAGCUUUAAUUUCUAGUCACCUUAAAAGCGGGUGCCCUGCGGAACUCUCCUACAGUUUUCAGGUCGCGUGGGAGAAAUGAGGGUGAGCCAUAACUUCACCCAAGCCCCAGGAAAUGGCAGCAGUAUCUGCAGCAGAGAUUACAAAAUCACUCAAGUUCUCUUCCCUGUGCUCUACACCGUUCUGUUUUUCGUAGGCAUCGUCAUGAACGGCCUCGCCAUGCGGAUUUUCUUUCAAAUCCCCAGUAAGUCUAACUUUAUCAUUUUCCUCAAGAACACGGUCAUUUCAGACCUCUUCAUGAUCCUGACCUUCCCCUUCAAAAUCCUGAGUGAUGCCAAACUGGGCCCAGGGCCCCUGAGAACGUUUGUCUGCCAGGUGACCUCUGUGAUAUUUUACUUCACGAUGUACAUCAGCAUUUCAUUCCUCGGUUUGAUCACCAUUGAUCGUUACCAGAAAACCACCAGACCGUUCAAAGCUGCAGGCCUCAACAACCUCCUGGGGACCAAGAUUCUCUCUGUCGUCAUCUGGGCAUUCAUGUUUCUUCUCUCCCUGCCGAACAUGAUUCUGACCAACAAUAAGCCACUCCGGGCGAACGUGAAGAAAUGUUCCUUCCUCAAGUCGGAGUUCGGGUUAGUGUGGCAUGAAAUCGUCAAUUAUGUCUGCCAGGUCAUCUUCUGGAUCAAUCUGGUCAUCAUAAUUGUCUGUUAUGUUCUCAUCACGAAAGAGCUGUACAGGUCGUACGUCAGGACCAGGGGGGUGGGGAAAGUGCCCAGGAAAACUGUCAACAUGAAAGUGUUCAUUGUGAUUGCCGUGUUCUUCACUUGCUUUGUGCCGUUUCAUUUUGCCCGAAUUCCCUACACCCUCAGCCAAACCAGAGAUGAUGUUUUUGACUGCUCUGCUGAGAAUACCUUAUUUUAUAUUAAAGAGAGCACUUUAUGGCUCACGUCCUUAAAUGCCUGUUUAGACCCAUUCAUAUAUUUUUUCCUUUGCAAGUCCUUUAGAAAUUCCUUGAAGGCUAUGCUGAAGCGCCCAAAUGAUUUGACAUUUUCCCAUGAGGAGAUGAAGAAUAAAAGACAAGAGAGCAGCACCCCGAGUGAAGAGACUCCUAUAUAGAGUUUCGAGCAUUACAGAGGCACUUCUAUCUGUCUUUAUCUGAAUCCUUGGAGAAAGACACUCUAUGAAUACCGCUGUCAGAAUUCCCUGGGAAACUGGGAAGCUGACUUAAACAUUCCACCACCUGUUAGGAAAAAUUAAGAACAAAUGGAAAACUAUAACUUUUUAGGCUAUACAUUUUGAGAAUUUAAGAUACUUAACAUGUAGGGAAAGUACAUUAGAGUUGGUAACAAACUAUAACUUCCAAAUAGCUAUUUGUUCAUUAUACAGAGUAUAUAUGUAUACAUAUACAUAUAUAACUAUAUGCAUACAUACAUAUGCAUAUAAACAUAUAUAGGAACAACUUUGGCGAAGUUGUAGUAAACUGCAUGUGUUGCCUGUUUUUAUUUUAAAAGUGUAUUCUGACUGGCUCUAUUAGGGCAUAAGGCUCAGGCUUACUUAAAUAACUUAAUAAGAAUCUACAUAGAUAUAGCUAAUUUACUAACUCAGCUUCUGUUCCAAUUGACCAAGUACUUUUUUAAUGAAUUCCAUUUCAUUUCCUUUUAAUAGGUGUAGCAAAGAAAGCAUAAUUAAGAGUCCUAACAUUUUACAGUCAGCACUUUAUUGGAAUUCACACUACAUAGUCUGAUAAUUAUUAGGAGUCUUUGUUUUUUAAAUAAUCUUACGGAAAGUUUUUCUCCUUGAAAUGAGUACAGAUGAAGAAGACAACAUAAAAAGGGUGGCCCUUUCUAUGGCAGUAGAGACCUAAUACCUUAUAAUUCAGGCAUAAUGGCUAGUUCAAAGUACUUGGGCAUUAUUUAUGUCUAUUAACUAUUUUGACUUCAACUGAAUUUGUUAGGAAAACACUAUUAUGGGUACUGAAAAGUGAGUGAUGAGUCAGAUUAAGAACCUUUCUUUAUAAUGACAUCAUGGGAUAACAAUCUUCAAAAAAUACACUUGUGCUUUUCAAGGGUAGCAAGAAUUGCAUUAGCAUAAGUCAUCAUAUUUUCACCUUUACAAAAACAUUUAUGCAGUUCUCUUUAUUGUAAGCUCCUUGUGGGCAGGGAACAUGUCUACCAAUUCUGUUUUUACUAUAGUAAGCGUUUAGUACAAUGCUGUGCACAGGGUAAGCACUCAGUCAAUAAUGAGUGAAUUAUUGACAUUUCAGAAAAGAAGGAAAGUAUCUCCUCAGAUGGAGAUCCAGGUAGAAUCUCAAGACUUUUAUACUGUACACAGACUUCAACAAUGUUGGUACCAAAAGAAUUCCAAUUUCUAACCCCAGUAAAAAAUAUAUUCUAAUGUGUCCUCAUACUACAGGCAUCAGCCCACUACCAUAUUUAUUCACAUAGUUGGCCCACUUCCUUGCAUAUUUUUUUAAAGCCAAAGGUAAGGAGAGACUCUCACAUGAGAAUUAAGCCUAGCAAAUGCAAGGAGCAGGGGCAAAAAAAGGAGAGGAAUAAAAGGAGGGUAGGAGGAAGAUAAAAGUAAGAGGAUACUUGAGACUGAAUCCCAUUCUCCUGUUGCACUCUCACAAAAGCUGCACGUAGGAUAAAUUUUGGUAAGCCUCUUCUCUGCCCUCCUUGUCCUCUUCAUACACCGGGACACAACUGUUUUAAAAAAGUAACUCCCCUUUCCCACCCAAACCUGUCUCUUGACAUUACCAUGCCUUGACCCUUCCCUUUUUCCUACCCCAGAGCAUGCAUGUCUUAAAGAACUUCCCUUUGGCAAUACCAUGUUCCAACCUUUCCCUCUUCCUAAGCAGAAAUGUGUCCCAAGCAUUGCUUACCAUCAACAGUAUGUAGGAGGACCAAAAAAAUCAUAUUUCUUCAUUACAAAUCAAAAGGGGUGGGGAGGGUUAUUCAGUGGUAGCAAUUAGGCUAGUAAAUUUUGUCUGCUUCUUAAGACCUCUAACCUCAUCCUUAAAGUCAUUUAAAAAUAAAUGAGUAAUUUUAUUAUUCUAGCCCUGUACAUAUGAACAUUUGUACGAAAAGCUAAAGCAUAUUGUAACAUCAAAGGAAAAGUGUGUUCGCCAGGUGAGAGAAUACAUCUUACAUAGCAAAUUUCUGCGACAGAAUAAUUAACUAUGUAGUUCUGAAGCUAAAAGUUGGUAUCUUAGAACUUUGCUUAAAUGCAAAGAUGGGGAGUGGUCACACACAUUUUACUUUUUGAUGUGUCCAAAAGACUUUGAUUUCUUACAUAGAGAUCAUACCCAUCACAAAGUACGAAGCUAAAUUUCAGUAUUCCAUAGAGGGCAGACCACUAACUAUGUAGUGGGUGGUGAACAAUAAAUUGCAGUAAUUUAGACACAAAACCCUUUGGGGUCAGAGAGAAACCCAUUAGUUAAUGGGAAAUUUACAUGGAGCCUCUGAAUCUCUUGGUAUGCCUAAAUCUCCUAGGGAUCAUAACUCUGCUCACCAAUAGAAGAAUUUCCAGGAAGAGUUAAAAGAUAAAAAAUGCAAUUAAUUGUUGAGAUACUUUUACUAAUGCUCUGCAAAAUUGUGACUACAUAAACUGAUGCUGUUGCUCUUCAUUAAAGGAAUCAAAACCCUCA